CCUCCUCCUCCUCCCUUGACCACGCUCGCAAUGGUGGGUAGCUGCAAGGUGGCCCUGGCAGGGGAGGGGUUUGAUGUGGACAUGGGGGCACCGGGCGAGAAAGGUCUCCUUUCAACUUUGUCUUGUGGCUUGCACCCCGGGAGGAGGCCACAUGCCGAUUGUGGGGUGUAGAUGUGCUGGGAGUGAUUUCUAAGUAGUUGAGUUGUUGAGAUGAGGGUACGGCGGCUAAUGGUAGACAGGUUUUGUUUUCGUGGGUGAAUCCGGUGUCAUCAUAUUCCGGUCAUAUGUUGAAAUAUUCUUUGUUUAGGUCUUGAAGUAGAGGAUCUCCCUCUGCACGUCCACAUUGUGUUGUUUUUAAAUGAUGUCUUCGGGAGUGUGGAUUUCUAGAAUCUCAAAUGUGAUUUUAAGGUCUCGGCAUGUGUGGGCCUCAGCACUGGCCUUGACAGUGAACUUUGUGGCUGGUUUUUUUUUUUUUUUUUUUACUUCUAAGAUUUUACUCCAUAGCUGGGAUGCUAGUUAUGCCUAAUGCCUUGUAGGAAAGCAUGACCGAAAAUUUCCUGGGAAUACUGUUACUCAUUUUAAUUUCGGGGAUUAGAGAGCUGAAGGAGAGCCAGUUUCCCCAAAAUUGGUUUCUUUACUGCAGGACUUCUCAGAACCUUUAAUAUGCUAAUGUGCAUUGUGAAUCUCCAAGAUGGGGAUAUGAUAUGCAGCAUUCUUGAAUACUUCUAAUGACAGGGAGCCCACUACCUCAUAAGCUGCAGCAACAAGAGGAGCUUGUUAUUUUAAAGGGAGGUGAAGACACUGUAGAAUCAGCAGACCGAAGAAAGGGGAGAAGGCAGAGGAUGGAGUUGCAGACCCUACAGGAGGCUCUGAAAGUGGAAAUUCAGGUUCACCAGAAACUGGUUGCUCAAAUGAAGCAGGAUCCACAGAUAUUUUUUCUUUCCAAUCAGAAUGCUGACUUAAAGAAACAGCUUCAUGAACUCCAAGCCAAAAUCACAGCUUUGAGUGAGAAACAGAAAAGAGUAGUUGAACAGCUGCGGAAGAACCUGAUAGUCAAGCAAGAGCAGCCGGACAAGUUCCAGAUACAGCCAUUGUCACAGUCUGAAAAUAAACUACAAACAGCACAGCAGCAGCCACUGCAGCCACUGCAGCCACUGCAGCAGCAGCAGCAACAACAGCAGCAACAGCAGCAACAGCAGCAGCAGCAGCAGCAGCACGCCCAGCAGUCAGCAGCACCGCCCAGCCUGACUGCAUCACAGAAGACUGUAACUACAGCUUCUAUGAUUACCACAAAGACACUACCUCUCGUCUUGAAAGCAGCAACUGCGACCAUGCCUGCCUCUGUUGUGGGCCAGAGACCUACCAUUGCUAUGGUGACCGCCAUCAACAGUCAGAAAGCUGUGCUCAGCACUGAUGUGCAGAACACACCAGUCAACCUCCAGACGUCUAGUAAGGUCCCUGGGCCUGGGGCAGAGGCUGUCCAAAUUGUGGCAAAAAACACAGUCACUCUGCAGGUUCAAGCAACACCUCCUCAGCCCAUCAAAGUACCGCAGUUUAUCCCUCCCCCCAGACUCACUCCACGCCCAAACUUUCUUCCACAGGUCCGCCCCAAGCCUGUGGCCCAGAAUAACAUUCCUAUUGCUCCAGCGCCUCCUCCCAUGCUUGCAGCUCCUCAGCUUAUCCAGAGGCCUGUCAUGCUGACCAAGUUUACACCCACAACCCUCCCCACAUCCCAGAACUCCAUCCACCCCGUCCGUGUCGUCAAUGGUCAGACCGCAACCAUAGCCAAAACGUUCCCCAUGGCCCAGCUCACCAGCAUUGUGAUAGCUACUCCAGGGACCAGACUCGCUGGACCUCAGACUGUACAGCUUAGCAAACCAAGCCUUGAGAAACAGACAGUUAAAUCCCACACAGAAACAGAGGAGAAACAAGCAGAGAGCCGCACCAUCACUCCACCUGCUGCCCCAAAACCAAAACGAGAAGAGAACCCUCAGAAACUUGCCUUCAUGGUGUCUCUAGGGUUGGUAACACAUGACCAUCUAGAAGAAAUCCAAAGCAAGAGGCAGGAGCGGAAGAGAAGGACGACCGCGAACCCGGUGUACAGCGGGGCCGUCUUUGAGCCAGAGCGUAAGAAGAGCGCAGUCACUUACCUUAACAGCACAAUGCAUCCUGGGACGCGGAAGAGAGGUCGUCCUCCAAAAUACAAUGCAGUGCUGGGGUUUGGAGCCCUUACCCCAACAUCCCCCCCAUCCAGUCAUCCCGACUCCCCUGAAAAUGAAAAGACAGAGACCACAUUCACUUUCCCUGCACCUGUGCAGCCUGUGUCCCUGCCCAGCCCCACCUCCACAGACGGUGACAUCCACGAGGAUUUUUGCAGUGUUUGCAGAAAGAGUGGCCAGUUGCUGAUGUGUGACACGUGUUCGCGUGUGUAUCAUCUGGAUUGCUUAGACCCUCCUCUGAAAACAAUUCCCAAGGGCAUGUGGAUCUGCCCCAGAUGUCAGGACCAGAUGCUGAAGAAGGAAGAAGCAAUUCCAUGGCCUGGAACUUUAGCCAUUGUUCAUUCCUAUAUUGCCUACAAAGCAGCAAAAGAAGAGGAGAAACAGAAGCUCCUUAAGUGGAGUUCAGACUUGAAACAGGAGCGAGAGCAGCUGGAGCAGAAGGUGAAGGAGCUCAGCAGUUCCAUCAGUAAAUGUAUGGAGAUGAAGAAUACCAUCUUGGCACGGCAGAAGGAGAUGCGCAGCUCCCUGGACAAGGUGAAACAACUCAUCCGCCUCAUCCAUGGCAUCGACCUCUCUAAACCUGUAGACUCUGAGGCCACUGUGGGGGCCCUCUCCAACGGCCCAGACUGCACCCCCCCUACCAACGCCGCCUCCACACCCGCCCCCUCCCCGUCCUCUCAGAGCUGCACAGCGAACUGUAGCCAGGCGGAAGAGACUAAAUAACAGAGCCCUCGAGGAGACGCCACAGUCCCAGUGGCGAGGAGACUCUAGAGAAGCAAAGCCGGAUUUCUUCUGGAAAGGACAGAAUUCUUUUGGUUCUUUGGUUCCAGAGAGAGAGAAGAUGCUUGUGCCAGUGGCACCCGAGUUUGCCAAUUGAUUCUUCUUAUUCUGUGUGUACAUGCAAAGAUUGGACCAUGUUACAUGAAAUAGUGCCAGCUGGAGGUUCUUUGCCAGCACCAUGCCAAGUGAAAUAAUAUAUUUACUCUCUCUAUUAUACACCAGUGUGUGCCUGCAGCAGCCUCCACAGCCACGGUGGGUUUGUUUUGUUCUGUUGGGUGGGGAGCAGGGGCGGGCGGAGGGAGGAGAGCAGGUUUCAGAUCCUUACUGGGAGCCGUUUGUUUAGGUAGAAAAGACAAGUCCAAAGAGUGUGUGGGCUUUCCUGUUCCUAAACUUUCACUACCAUAAAACCAAAAAAAAAAAAAGAAAAAAAAGAAAAAAAGGAAAUAGAGGUUUAACUAACCCAGUGCCCAGAGGAGGGCCGGGAAGGCUGGGGGGGAGCCAGGGUGGGAAAGUAUAUGACAUAAGCAGUAUUUAAUGUUCCUGGAGGGGGGUAGUGCCGGGAGAGCCCAAGUCCCCUCCCCAGCUCCGCCCUCCCAGGCCUCCAGCAGCCCUGCCUUCCCUCCGCUUGGGCAGUGCACAGCCCCAGGGGUCCCCAGGCUGGGAAGCAGGGAAGGGAAGGUGUGUGGUCCAGGAGGGAGAAAGGCGGAUCAGAGGUUUUACUUGAAAACAGGCUCCAUCCUUUUUCUAUAUUUAUAAGAAGAGAAGGUUCUGAGCAGAGCAGCAUGACCCAGGUGGGGCACGAUCAGGCGUGUGUGAAUGGAGACGACCCUUUUCUCUUCUUCAAGUUUAUUUUUUUGUUUCUGUUCUUGUUUAAACAACGUUUUAUUUCAUUCUUUACCUUUUUUGUUUUUGUUUUUUGUUUUGUUUUUUGUAACAAGAACUAAACUAAGGAAUAGAAAAGCUGUUUUCAGGCUGACGGUCCUGUUAAGGGUAGUGAGACCUUGCAUGGUAGACUAGGCGUUAUAGUGUCAGUGAGGUCAGUGAGUCUUUGUGCGUCCUGUGUCAUCGUUUGGGCACUAUUUGUUUUUGUUUUGUUUUUGUUUUGUUUUUUGGUGUUUUUUUGUUUUGUUUUGUUUUUUUAAUGCAAGGGCAAAAAAAAAUCUUUGUACCUGGGGAAAACAACAGCAACUUUCUUUUUUUAAUUAAAAAGGAAAAUAAAAUAAAAGAUAUUGAGGUCUUCCUAGUGUUACUUAAAUUAAGAUCAAGGUAAGAAACAUUGUAAAAAAAAAAUUACAAAAGUGCUAUUUGUUUCCUAAAAACGGUGAUUUAUAUUAAAAAGGUGUCAGAACUGGA